AUGCGGCAUCCCAGGGAAUAUCCAACGGGAUUUGGAAAACGACUCCUUCAAGCCUACACCCGUUCUUGUGACCAGCCACCUCGCAAAGAUCUUCGUCGAAAAUUUGCCUUAGACAUCAGAAAGACUGACCGAGAACUCUUCCAGGAAUACCCAUGCAAUCCAGACCAAUGGUUCGACGCAGAGCUCCCCAAAACUUUCUGGUAUUUAGCAGGGAGUCGAUCACUUCGUAUUCCAGACAGUUGGGCAGAAGCGAUUGGAGACUUCAAGAAAGAACUCCACCAAGCUUGUGUGCAGGAGGAACGCAUUCGUCGAAUGCAAACGGAGCUCCAGUGCCACUACCGGCGACCUGAGGAAUUGCGUGAUGACACCAUGGGGGAUCCAGGUGCUACUCAUUUUGCUGAAGCUGAUGGUGAGUUCAUGGCUGGGCGCAAAGCGCAUAGUCUUGGUCAUGGGCAUCCCACAUCCCCUGAAACACCACCGGUUCGUGUCCCUACUGGCAAGUCUGCCUCCAUGGCAACCAUGGCUGAUAGCCCACAUUCAGUUCAUGAGGAUCCGUAUAAUCAAGAUGCCCAGUCGAAAUUUGCCACUCCGUCCCCUGUAUCAGAAAGUUUCGUUCCUGCAAAAAAGGGAAGGAUCUCUGUGGAAGGGACUGAUCGCAACCCCAUCUUUGUCACCCGCUAUGAUGAGACCCCUGAAUCUGCUCAGCAUGACGUUGCCCAUGGAAAGAUGGUGGCCAAGAAGAAGGCCAAUUCAUGUGCUAAGUCCACAACUGAUGAAGCUUCCAUGGUUGACUCUGGCAACAAGUAUGACAAGUACUAUCACCAGAUGAGACGGUACGUCACACCACGAAAGGAUGGCACGAUGUUGGCCUCUCCUGAUGCCAUCAAGAUGUGGCGGACAGAAUCUGGCCGUGCUAAGUUGAGGGAAAUGCUCAUCCAGCACGGGAACUUUGGUGCCGUGGAAUGUGAAAUCGUUCGUUAUCAAAAGACCUUGAUGGACAACUCGAAGCAGGGUGGGUGGGUUACCAAGCACUACCUCACCAAAGAGAAACAUUGGACUACGUCCAUGGUGAGUGCUGCUGUGGAAUGGGCCAAGUCUAAAAACUUGUGGCGUGUCAACCCCAUCCAUAAGGAGGAGGAAAUAAAGGUUGUUGUGGAUGACUUUUUCCGGUUUUCGGAGCAAGAAGGGUUCGACACAACCCAGCGUGGCACUAUGGAAAUGGAGGAUCAUGACGGUGCUCUCCUGGAUGCCGGCGACAUGAUCCCAGAGAGAAUGUCCAAGCUACUCCCGGAGGUGAAGGACGAGAAGGGUGAAGAUGAGGCGCAGCCAGGUACUGGGGCCAGCUUCCGGAUCCUCAAGACCUUGGACAACCUCUUGGCACUCAUGAACAAGGGAUAUGAAGAUCUCUCGCUGCUCCAGGGUGAUGCUUUGACCGGGACGAUUGACGUUCCCACCAUCAAGGCAAAAAUGAACGAGAUAACCAGAGCUGAUGUGGCGAUGAACAAUGUACUGGUCCGUGGCAGGAACAUCAAGGCGGUCGUGCCUGCGAAAGCAUCGCCAAAGGCAUCGCCGAAGCGUGCUUCUGUGCCUAAGGCCAAGGCGAAGGCGAAGGUGAGAUCUGCAAAGCGUGCCUUGCCACCAUUGCCGCUGCAGCCCAAAGAUGAAGGCACCUCGGAAGGUGCUUCGGAGUUGGCCGUUGGCCUGGUGGCACCUCGGGCGCAAUGGCUCCGUAGCAGCCUGGGGGCAUGCUGGGCGACCACAGUCCGCACCAUGGAAAAAAAAACCAGCCAAACCUUCCCUCCUCCGCAAAAUUCCAGGCUGAAGCAGUUUCCUGGCCUUCAAGGACAGGGUCAUGACUGCAUUGUCGUCAACAAGUGGUUGUCCCACCUUUGCGAUGAGAUUGACCGGGAAAAUUUGGAUGAAGAAGACCAUCAGCUUUUUGAUGCCCUGAAAUUUGCAGCGGAUUGUGGAAACCAUUGGUUUCGGGAGCUCUAUCGUUUUGGUGUCUGGAUUCCUGGGGCCGAAGGUGAACAACUAUCUCAUGCAGCCUAUGGACUGACAGAAGGCUACCAAGCCUUAGCGAGACUAUGUGCUAUGCGGCGCCUCCACCUCUUCCGGGUGAAACCCAAACUCCAUAUGCAUGACCACGUGUCGAGACUGGGAUCCAAUACAUUCCAAUUUUAA